AUGGCCCUGCGCCGGGGGCCGGGAUUGACGGCGCUGAGCCGCACCAGGGCGGCCAGGGAGCAGUUCAAGAGGAAGGGCGAGGAGGUGGCUGAGACCAAGGCUGCUGUGAUGAAGGCGCAGAUGGCGCACUUCAAGGCCAGCCUCGAGGAGUUUGCGCUCAAGCACAAGGCAGACAUUCGGCGCAACCCAGAGUUCAGGGCUCAGUUCCACGCCAUGUGUGCCACGGCAGGGGUGGACCCUCUCGCCUCCAACAAGGGCACCUGGAACAAGCUGCUGGGGCUGGGAGACUUUUACUAUGAGCUGGGGGUGCAGGUGGUGGAGGGGUGCAUCACAUCGCGCCCCAUCACAGGCGGCUUCAUCGAGCUGUCGCGGGUGCAUGAGUAUGUGCGGCGGCGGCGCGGGUCCCGGGCAGAUCCCGUGAGCGAGGAUGACCUGCUGAGAGCCAUCGAGAAGCUGCAGGGCCUGGGCAGCGGGUUUGGCGUGGUGCGCAUCGGCAACCGCUCCUUUGUGCGAUCUGUGCCCACCGAAAUCAGCACAGACUCAAACACGCUCAUAGAGCUGGCAGAGCGGUCUGGCGGCUACUUCAGCCUGGCGGAUGCAGUGGCGGCCACCGGGUGGCAGGAGGCGCGGCUGCGGGAUGCGCUGGGGGCCAUGGCGCGGGAGGGGCUGCUGCUCAUAGACGACCAGCCGGGAGCAGCGCCAGCCGCCGCGACCGGACCCUUGGCGGCGGGGGGUGCGUCCCCCGCCGCGCUGCCGCGCCUCUACUGGGUGCCGGCGGUGGGCUUGCUGCCGGGUACCGACCGCUACCGGCGGGAUGCCGGCCUGGAGGGCAUCCCGCUGCCGCCCACCGCAGACAUUGCGACCGCCACGCUGGCGGGCGCGGGCGAGGCGCAGGCGCCGGGGCAGGUGCGGGUCGAGCAGCCGGCGGUCCCGCCUGUGGCCGCGCUGGGUGGGAUGCACUUGACGGGGCAGUGAAGCGGCAGGAGCAGCUGGAGAGAUGAGGGAACAGUCGCGCCUCUUGGCCAAUCACCUCACGUGUAAAAUCAGACUUC